AUGGAGCACAUGUUCAUUCCGCCUGCUGAGAUGAAGAAACAGUGUCUCAUUCAGAUGUUGGAGUUGGCAUUCUGGCAGAUGCGUGUAAUGAGUAACAAUCAUCUCAAGCUGGAUGCACUGACAGAUUGGCUCUAUGCCAUGCGCCGUUCUCCCUCAACACCGCCUAACCCAAAGAAUGAAGACAAGCUGUUAGCCAAACGGAAUCGCGCCAAGGCUUAUGAGUGUGGGUAUGCUGUAGACGUGCAAGCACAGACAAGACAGUCCGUUUCCCUUCCUCACUCAUGUGCACGACGAUGUGGUGUCGGGGACCGACACCGUCAUCACAUUCUUGGUCCGCUGCUGCAUUAA